AGUCUACCGCUCCGCCCAACCCCACGUGCCUUUUUCCGGCUUUGACCGAUUGCGAAAAUUUUGGUUCCUCCAUCUCUUCCCCACCUUGAUUCGUAAUAAUAUAGCUUCUUCGUCCCUCCCUCCAAAAGCUCUCUUUCUUCUUCUUCUCCUCCUCCCUCUCCUCGAUCUCCUUUGCUCUCUUGAUUCGUAUAGAGCUUCUUCGUCCCUCCCUCCAAAGCUCUCUUCUUCUCCUCCCUCUCCUGAUCUCCUUUACUCUCUCCUCGGCCUCAUUCCGGAUCUCCAGGGUUCCGUUUCUCCCUCUCGCUCUUCGCGGAUUUGUCCGAUCGCGGAGGUUUCCUUCGACAAAAGCGGAAUCAAUGGACGGGGUACGCGAGAGGACGGGCCUGCGGAAGGUGGAGUCGCGCGCUUCCAUUACGGAGGCGGACGACCUCGACCUUUCGCGGCUGCUACAACGGCCGAGGCUAAAGCUCGAGCGGAAGAGGUCGUUCGACGAGCGGUCGCUCAGCGAUCACGCCGCGGCGGGGAGCCUCCGGCCGGUCGACAGCUACGAGAGCAUGCUGUCCCUCGGCGCAAUGAGGUCGGUGCUGGACACGCCGACCUCCUCUGCCCACAACUCGUUCGAGCCGCAUCCCAUGGUCGCCGAGGCCUGGGACGCCCUCCGGAGGUCGAUAGUGCUCUUCCGCGGGCACCCGGUGGGCACGAUCGCCGCCUACGAUCACGCCUCGGAAGAGGUCCUUAACUAUGAUCAGGUAUUCGUCCGCGACUUCGUGCCAAGUGCUCUGGCUUUCCUGAUGAACGGGGAACCCGACAUCGUCAAGAACUUCCUCUUGAAGACGCUCCAGCUUCAAGGCUGGGAGAAGAAGAUCGAUCGGUUCAUGCUUGGCGAAGGAGUGAUGCCAGCGAGCUUCAAGGUGAGCCACGAUCCCAUCAGGAAGACCGACAACCUCACCGCAGAUUUCGGCGAGAGUGCAAUCGGAAGGGUCGCCCCUGUCGACUCUGGUUUCUGGUGGAUCAUCCUUCUCCGCGCCUACACGAAGUCCACCGGCGACUCAACCCUGGCGGAAUCGCCCGAGUGUCAGAGGGGGAUGAGGCUCAUUCUAGCUUUGUGUUUGUCCGAAGGCUUCGACACCUUCCCCACCUUGCUCUGCGCAGAUGGGUGCUCCAUGAUCGAUCGGAGAAUGGGAAUCUAUGGCUAUCCCAUAGAAAUCCAAGCCCUGUUCUUCAUGGCGUUGAGGUGCGCUCUGUCGAUGCUGAGGCAAGACGCGGAGGGGAAGGAGUUCAUAGCGAGGAUAGUGAAGCGCCUGCACGCGCUGAGCUACCACAUCCGGAGCUACUUCUGGAUCGACUUCCAGCAGCUGAAUGACAUCUACCGCUACAAGACGGAGGAGUACUCCCACACCGCCGUCAACAAGUUCAACGUUAUCCCCGACUCCAUCCCCGACUGGAUUUUCGACUUCAUGCCGGCGCGCGGCGGGUACUUCAUCGGCAACGUCAGCCCGGCGAGGAUGGACUUCCGGUGGUUCGCACUCGGCAACUGCGUCGCCAUCCUGUCCUCGCUGGCCACCCCGGAACAGUCCGUGGCCAUCAUGGACCUGCUCGAAGAACGCUGGGACCAACUGCUCGGCGAAAUGCCGCUGAAGAUUGCGUACCCUGCUCUGGAGAGCCGCGAGUGGCAGAUCGUGACGGGCUGCGACCCCAAGAACACCAGAUGGAGCUACCACAACGGAGGAUCGUGGCCUGUCUUGCUGUGGCUGUUCACCGCAGCGUGUAUAAAGACGGGGCGGCCGCAGAUUGCGCGGAGGGCGAUCGAUCUCGCGGAGAACAGGCUGUCGAAGGACGGGUGGCCGGAAUACUACGACGGGAAGCUGGGGCGGUACAUCGGCAAGCAGGCGAGGAAGUUCCAGACGUGGUCGAUCGCAGGGUAUUUGGUCGCCAAGAUGAUGCUGGAAGACCCUUCGCACCUGGGCAUGAUCUCUCUGGAGGAGGACAAGGCCAUGAAGCCUCCCAUAAAGAGGUCAGCUUCGUGGACCAUUUGAAGACGGCAGCUUGGAAAGAGUUCGUUCCUUGGCACCAAUUCUUUGACAGCAAUUCAUUCUUCUUCAUCCCUCAACAGCAAGACAUCCUACACGUAUCAGUCGCCCUAUAUGUAUAGUAGUAGUAUGGAAUCAAUCAUACAUCAAAUUUAUCUGCACUAGAAGAAGCAGGUUGGGCUCUGCAUUCCUUCA